AUGUCGGACGAUUCUAAACAAAACUCAAGAAUAUUGAUAGUCGGGGGUGGGAUUGCUGGACUCGUACUGGCAGUUGCCCUCGAAAAAUUCGACAUUGACUAUCUCUUGCUUGAGGCCCAUGGCAACAUUGCUCCUGCGGUAGGUGCCAGCAUCGGUCUUAUGCCGAGUGGGCUCCUCAUACUCGACCAACUUGGAUGCUACGAGGCCAUCAGAGUAGUGGCUCAGGAUGCCGAAAUCGAAGUCACGCAUAUGCGAGACGAAAAUGGCAAGUCCUUGUCAUGCACGAGACACAUAAAUUGUCAUCUAGAGAUGAGGCACGGAUACCCCAUGUUAUUUUUCGAUCGUCAAUGGUUAUUGCAAGUCCUUUAUAACCAGAUAAAACACAAAGACCGGAUUCUUCUCAACAGCGGUAUCAAGUCGAUUAGGCACACCGACUCUGGAAUUGAGAUCCUCACAGCACGCGGCCAAGUGUACUCGGGAGCCAUGGUUGUUGGCGCCGAUGGAAUACAUAGUGUUGUAAGAAGAGAAAUGGCCCGUAUCACAUCCGAAACUCCGACAUCCAUCUUUCCGAAAGGUUCUGAGGAGCAGGUGGCCUGCCAUUAUAAAUGCAGUUUUGGAAUUGCGCAGAAUGUUACUCAGUGGCACAACAGCGAGCAGUGCUUCACUAUUGGACAUGGGACAACGUUUCUGGUGGCUUCUGGACCUCAGAACCGCGUCUAUUGGUUCCUCUUCGUGAGACUACCAAAAAUUCUUUAUGGCAAAGACAUACCGAGAUAUACAAAGGAUGAUGAAGCCAAAUUUGUCGAAGAGUACCAAGGUUUUGUCAUCACAGAGAAUCUUACCUUCGGUCAGGUCUAUUCUCAGCGUCUGACCUCGACUCUCACGCCUCUUCACGAAAUUGUAUUCCAAAAAUGGUCUUUUAAGCGCAUGUUGCUUGUUGGAGACUCAGCACACAAGCCAAACCCCAUUGGCGGAAUGGGUGGCAACGGCGCCAUCGAGUCUGUUGCAGAACUGAUAAAUGCCUUGCUGGACGCCGGAUGUGACCGCUCUGUGCGGUUGCGCGAGAUGACCGAUGCGGACUUUGACUCGGUCUUUACUCGAAUGCAGGAUGCUCGCUAUGAGCGGGCCAAGUUCACCGUCAAGUCUUCGCACGCCAUGCAGGCCCUGUUCGCUUCUGAGAAACCACUCCUCUCGUAUGUUGUGUGGAAGAUCAUUGCACCGAUGAUGGGUGAGGAGCGUUCCUUGCGAAACCUUGGGCUUCGCAUUGUCGGCGGCUCCCGUAUCAGACGGUUGCCUAUACCUAUCCGGCCUCGAGCGGUCCCAUAUGAGCACGAACUCUUACAAAAGCCAUUCUCCACUUGGAAAAUGGCUCUUCUACGCCUAGUUCACGCAACUGCGAUGGGAGCACUGUGGUGGAAAUACACUGCAUUUCAUACGAACCAGGCGCCAGAAUACAUUAGCUCAUGCCAGAUGCAGUUCAUGCAAGCCAAGCUCAAUGGUUUGACAUCUCUUCUAGUAUUUCUCGUUGAAGGCUACAGGAGCGGGAACCGGGGUUCGCUGAUUGGAUUCCCUUCUCUGUUUACAACCAGUCUUCAGGUUUGGGGCCUCCCUCAAGUCUUGCCUCUAUACGCCAUAUUGAGCUCCUUCUUCUCGAUUAGUCCCUCUGGGCGGGUCGUUCCAACCCAUGCGGCCAAGUGGUUGCUUUCAGGACUGAUCUUCGGCUACGUGCCAGGGGUAGCACUUGAAUACCUUGCAUCAACUAGUUCGGAUUCCACCGAUCUGAGAAGACUGACACGAUAUUCUCCUUUAAUCUUGCCGAUUCUCAUGGCAUCUACUUCGUUGAUAACUAAGCCGAACGAAAACCACGCAAAGGAAGUAGGACAAGUCGUCGAACGGUACCAGAAUAACGACGUGCAUUUUCUCCAAUUUGCGUAUAAGUUUGUGAUGGUCGUCCAAGCCGUUUUGCAUAUAGCAAAUAUUUCGCAGUCUAGGCAGAUGCUAAAUAUAUCGACGAAACAGGGUACAAUAUACGGUCGCUCAUCGGUUCUAAGACAGCUGCCAUCUGCGCGUAUUCUGGACACCGAAUUUGAAUUUAUGAUUCUUGCAACCAUAACGUACGGCGUGUUUUCAAUAUGGGAUCUACGGGCAAAAGGCUUUAUUUCAACCCAGAGCGCGAUCAAGGCCAUGUUAUUGCUGCUUCUUGGUCAAAUCGCUAUAGGACCAGGGGCAACCUGGGCCGCGUUGUGGAAUUGGCGGGAGGUUCAGAUUUCGAGUCUCUCGACUUUAGCCUAG